AUGGACUGGAGCAGCUACACUUCCAUCGGUUUAGUGCUAAUCCUGAUUUUUCUAUCCAUUUUGAAAAUGGGAGGUUUCUGGAAGAAUCACCGGGUGAAGAAUUUUCCUCCAGGACCAAGAGCAUUACCCAUCAUUGGAAAUCUGCAUUUGUUUGAUUUUAAGAGACCCUACAGGACUUAUCUACAGCUGUCAAAAGUAUAUGGACCAGUCUUCAGUGUUCAGAUGGGGCCAAGGCAAAUAGUAGUGAUUUCUGGGUAUGAGACAGUGAAGGAAGCUCUCGUAAACCAGGCAGAUGCUUUUGCAGAGAGACCUAUAAUCCCCAUCUUUGAAGAUAUGACCAAAGGACACGGGAUUAUUUUUGCUCGUGGUGAAAACUGGAAGGUGAUGCGAAGAUUUACUCUAACAACCUUACGAGACUUUGGAAUGGGAAAAAGGGCCAUUGAAGACCGCAUUGUGGAGGAAUAUGGGUAUCUGGCAGAUGUCAUUGGGUCACAAGAAGGAAAGCCCUUUGAUGCUAGUAAAAUAAUUAAUGCAGCAGUUGCUAACAUAAUUGUAUCAAUAUUACUUGGAAAACGAUUUGACUACAAAGACUCCAGAUUUCUGAGACUUCUACAGUUGACCAAUGAAAACAUGAGGCUUGCUGGAAAACCUUUAGUUACGAUGUACAACAUCUUCCUCCUGCUGAGGGCUAACAAGGCUCUUCUCCAAAACAAAAAAGAAUUCAAUGCUUAUGUAAAAGUUACUUUUGUAGAACAUCUCAAAACUUUGGACAAAAAUGAUCAAAGAAAUUUUAUUGAUGCUUUCCUUGUUAAACAGCAGGAGGACAAAUCCACUACCAAAGGGUAUUUCCAUAAUGACAACUUGAUAAACUUGGUAGGAAAUUUAUUUGCUGCUGGUGUUGAGACAAUUUCCACCACUCUAAACUGGGGCUUUCUGCUGAUGCUAAAGUAUCCUGAAAUUCAGAGAAAGGUCCAAAAAGAGAUAGAGCAAGUGAUAGGGUCAAACCCUCCACGAAUUGAGCAUCGAACUCAAAUGCCAUAUACAGAUGCUGUCAUCCAUGAAAUUCAGAGGUUCGCUAAUAUCUUGCCAUUGGAUUUGCCUCAUGAAACUGCUGCAGAUGUCACUCUCAAAGGCUAUUUCAUUCCCAAGGGAACCUACAUCAUCCCCUUACUGACCUCUGUCCUGCAAGACAAAUCACAGUGGGAGAAACCAGAUGUGUUCUAUCCUGAACAUUUUCUUGACGCCAAAGGAAAAUUCAUGAAGAAAGAUGCUUUUAUGCCUUUUUCAGCAGGGCGGAGGAUCUGCGCCGGUGAGAAUCUUGCCAAAAUGGAGCUCUUUCUCUUCUUCACCAGUCUCCUCCAGAAAUUCACCUUCCACCCUCCCCCCGGAGUUUCCAUCUCAGACCUGGACCUCAGCCCUGCUAUUUCAUUUAAUGUCAUCCCCAAACCCUAUAAAAUGUGUGCUGUACCGCGUUCCUAG